GCAGGAACGGAGGGAAAGAAAGGAAAGAAAGAAAAAAAAUCAAGCUUCGCGCAAUCGUGUUGGUCAAGGCUCAAUCAAGACUCACUCUGACUUCACACCUCACUUCUGUUUUCAUGGUCCUUCCCCGUGUGUUAAGAUUUAUAAUAAGAUUCACUUCCACCCCCAAACUGACUUUCAAUCCAGUUCACUUUCUACACACAAAGCGAAAACCUUCCUGCGUCUUCCUAUCCACUUUCGUCCCAUACCCUUCUCCAUAUCCAUCUUCAAAGCAAAGAUAAAUAACUUCUAAUCACCACCUCCACGUCCACAUCUUUUCGAAAGACCAGCACCUCUCUUCAAUCUCAACAUUCCAUAAUACAAGCUACAAUUUACGAAGUAUACUUCUCCAAAACUAAAUAAUCAACAUGAAGGCCUCAGUUAUCCUCGCCAUCAGCGCUUUCGCAGCUGCUUCUGUCGCUCAAUCCCUCUCUGACCUCCCACCAUGUGGUCAAACCUGUAUCAGCAACAUGCUUGCUAAAUCUGAAGAACUUGGAUGCUCUGCCCCUGAUGCCGCCUGUCUUUGCACCAAGCCAGACUUUGGCUAUGGUAUCCGUGAUUGCUCCAAUGCCGCAUGUGGUGCUGAAGCUGCCGUUUCUGUCAUCUCCUACGGCCAAAGCUACUGCGCAGCUGUCUCUACUACUAGUUCCGCCGAGUCAUCUACCUUGGCUACUUCCACCGCCUCUGCUUCUGGAAGUGGUUCAGCUGAGUCUUCUACUGAGUCUUCUGCUGCUGCAAGCUCUUCCGCCAUCACCACCUCUGCUCUCCUUGCAACCGUUACCUCUGGAUCUGAGACCAUCACAACCACCAUUGGCUCUACUACAAUUUACGGUUCCGGCGGUAUUGCUGUUGUAUCCUCUACUCCAAUCUCUACCUCUGCCAUCGUCUCCACCAUUACCAGUGAUGAUUCUACCUUCGAGUCUACUGUUGGAUCUUCCACCAUUUACAGCACCCCAAGCCCAACUGACAGCGGUGUAUCAUCUGCCAUCACCACCUCUGCUAUCGUCUCCACCGUCACCAGUGAUUCCUCCACCUUUGAGACCACUGUAGGAUCCACCACCAUCUCUGGUAUUGGAGCCAUUACCAGCAUUUCUUCCGAGGCUGCUUCCUCCGCUUCUGCUAUCUCAUCCAGUGCCGGAUCUGCUAUCUCUUCCCUCGAAUCUUCCGCUUCAUCUGCUGCCUCUAGCUUGGCUUCAGGUGCUUCCAGCGUGGCUUCAUCUGCCACCAGCAGAGUCUCUUCCGCCACCUCUGCCGCUGGUAGCGCUGCCGCAUCUGAAACCUCAUCCGCCAUGGGUUCCCUCCCAACUGGUGCUACUGGUUUGAUGGCCGCUGCUGGUCUCGCUGCUCUUCUUUUGUAAACAACUUCAUGAGGCCCAUUUCCCUAUCUUUUUGAUAUGGCAAUGCUUCUGAAGGUGAAUAUAAUGGAAUUUGAGUGUAGUUGGACUCGCAACGAUACCCUUCUCUUAUUUUUCGAUUCUUGAUCAUACUAUUUUACAAUUUCUUUCUUUAACUUUUGACGACUUUCACGAUGGAUGGUAUGGGGACAUUUCAUGAUAGGUAUGGAUGGGAUUUCUGGUCAUACAUAUCAUAUGAAGCUAUGCACAUGACGCCAUAGACAUGGUAAUAACAAUUGGGGAUAAUCCGCGGAUGUUAAUGGAAAUUUAAGGGUGGAUAAAUGAAAACAUGGCAUGGUAUGGAUGGGCAUGUGGUUGCAUGGAUGAACAGGCAAAUAGUACUCAUUCUGCUUUCAAGCAUGAUUGAUGAUGCGAAUUAUGAACUGUAAUAAAUAGUACA